AUGAAGUCAGUAACUGAUACUUUGAGAGAAGCUCAGGCUCUCGGUUUGAAUCCAGAAGCUGUUGAAAGAUUACUAGAACAGGAGCAAGCAAGAGAGGAACGCGAGGAGCGAGCUUCUGAACGAGAGAUGAAAAAAAUAGAAUUAGAAUUAGCAGAGGCUGAUAAGCGACGCUCUCACGAACUCGCUAUGGCCCAGUUAGCAUGUUCUAAUGCCGAAAGUAAGAGUACGUCUCUUCAAAUGUACGAUAAUUUAAGAUUGCCUACCUUUCACGAUGGUCAAGAUGAAAUAGAUAGCUACUUGCAGAGAUUUGAGCGGUUAGCUACUCUACAUAAAUGGGAUAAACAAAAUUAUCACGUUUAUUUAGGAUCAGUUUUGAGAGGUCACGCAUUGAAAGUAUACGUAUCGUUACCUGACGAGACGGUGAAAGACUAUGAGAAGUUGAAGGAGGCUUUACUCAGAGCUUACUCAGUGGAUGCCGAUAUGUAUAGACGUUUGUUCAGGGAGAUGCUACCGAAAUGGCAGAGGCUGCCGAAAGGUACAGGAGUGCGCAUAAUUUUCGCGGUCGAUCGCAGAGGUUUUUUUAAGCCAAAUAAGACUGUAGCGAAGGAUAAUGUACCGAUUUGCCAUGGGUGUGGUAAGACUGGACACAUUAGGCCUCAGUGUCCUGAUAAUCCUAGAAAUUAUAAGAAAAUGAGCACUAGUGUUAAAAUCCCGCCUGAAUCAAAACCUGAUGAAUCUUCUGCCAAUCUUGAUCUUGAUCGUUUCGAAUCGUCUGGAGAUCAUUUCCCCUCUCCUAAGUCUCCGAAUCAUUUACCUAAGGUAUGUAAUGAUGUCCAUUCCAAAUCGCUUGAGACUGUUAUGAGAGUGGAGACUCGUGCAAUGACGGAACAAUCAGAUGAACGUAAGCCUCUGAAGUGUCCCGCAGUGUCGCAACUUGACAUCGGUAAACUUGACGUCAUUAAUGCUCAGAACACAUGUCCUACUUUAAAGUCAAUUAGGGAAAAGGUAAAGACAGGAAAAAUAGACCAUGUUAAGAAUAGAGCAGUGAAAUAUGAAGUAAUUAGUGGAUUAAUCUAUAGAAUCUGCUUAGAUAGUAAAUUCGAUCAUGAAAAGGAUAGAAAACAACUGGUUGUUCCUGAGAUUUACAGAAGUAAAAUAUUAAAUCUUGCUCAUGAUUCAUUGACAGCUGGCCACUUUUCACACAGGAAAACUAGCCAUAAGAUAUUCCUUAAGUUUUUCUGGCCUGGAGCAGGAGCUGAUAUCAAGCGUUAUUGUAGAUCGUGUCACAUCUGUCAAAAGGUUUCGCACAAAGGCCGCGUUAAGAGGGUGCCGAUGAAAACUGUUCCCGUCAUUUCAGAGCCUUUUUCACGUGUCGCCAUUGACCUUGUCGGUCCGGUAUCACCUUGCUCCGACCGCGGACACAGAUACAUUCUGACUAUGAUAGAUUAUUCUACGCGUUUCCCCGAAGCCGUCUGUCUGAAGAACAUAGACACAGUGACUAUCGCAGAGAGUUUAGUUGAGAUUUUCUCUCGGGUUGGUAUCCCAAAAGAAAUCUUGUCGGAUCGCGGAACUCAGUUUCGAUCAGACCUAAUGGCCGAGAUUCAUAGAUUGCUGUCAGUUAAAGCUCUGUACACAACCCCGUAUCAUGCGAGUUGCAAUGGCGCGGUUGAACGUUUGAAUGGAGUCUUGAAAGCAAUGAUUAAAAAGUUGUGCUCUGACCAUCCGCGAGACUGGGAUAGAUAUCUUCCCGCCGUUCUUUUUGCUUACAGGGAAAUCCCGAACGAUUCGCUGAAGUUUUCUCCAUUUGAACUCCUUUAUGGAAGAACAAUUAGAGGUCCGCUUACCAUUUUGCACGAACUUUGGUCUAAUGACGAGAUUGAUAAUGAAGUAAAGACUACAUAUCAAUACGUAACAGAAUUAAGAUCCAGAUUAGAGGAAACUGCAAAAUUGGCUGUCUCCCAAGCCGAGAUAAGCAGCAAGACUUACAAAAGCAAUUAUGACCUUAAAUCUAGAAAUCGCAAGUUAGAGGUAAAUGAUGAAGUGCUUGUACUCUUGCCCACUGAUCGCAAUAAAAGGAUUAUGCAAUGGAAAGGCCCUUAUCCAGUCAUAGGCGUUAAAAAUAAUGGAGUAGAUUAUACCAUCAAAGUGCGUGGAAAGAGUAAACUUUUUCACAUAAAUAUGUUGAAGCGAUACUUCCGUCGUGAUGAAACUACUCCUGAGAAGAACAAAAUUGUUAAUGUAUGCAUUGUGGAUGAAAAUGAUUGUGAUAAUGUAGAUGAGACUAUGUAUCUGGAAUUGACAAAUGGUGAAUCUUUAAAUAUAGGAUGUGAUUUGAGUGUUCGACAAAAGGAUGCUGUAAGUGUUCUUAUUUCUGAAUUUCCUGAUGUUUUCACCGACAAGCCAGGUCAUACUAAGUCUAUAGAACACGUAAUCAAUCUUGAGACCACUAACCCCGUUUGCAAGAAACCUUAUCCUAUACCCUAUAAUCUCAUUGAUGUUUUCAACAAGGAAGUUGACAAAAUGCUUGAGCUAGGCAUAAUUGAGCCAUCUGUAUCACCUUAUUGUUCACCGGUCGUUCUCGUAAGAAAGCGCGAUCAAACUUACAGGUUCUGUAUCGACUUCAGGAGCUUGAAUGACAUUACAACUUUUGAUUGUGAACCCAUGCCCACAACUGAAGAAGCUCUGGGUAAUUUUGUAAAUGAUAAAUAUUUUACCGAGAUAGAUCUUAAAUUAGGCUACUGGCAGAUUCCUCUAUCUUUUGAAUCUAAGAAAUGUACUGCUUUUUCCACAAACAGAGGACUCAUGCAAUUUGUAAUGGUGCCAUUUGGACUCAAAACGGCUUGUGCAACAUUUGUUAGACUUAUGAGAAAAGUGAUUUUUGGAUUGAAGAAUACAAAUUGUUACUUUGACAACAUUGUAAUUCAUAAUUCUAAUUGGGUUGAUCAUUUACAGGAUUUGAGAUGUUUGCUGAAUAAAUUACGGUUGCAUGGCUUAACGGCUGGUAUAAGUAAGAGCUUCUUUGGGUACAAUAGAAUAAACUAUCUUGGAGUUGUUCUCGGAGAAAAUGUUAUUAAACCACCCGUAGACCGAAUUAGAGCGAUUGAGUUAAUGCCUUUGCCUAUAUUCAAAAAGGAGCUAAGAUCUUUCAUUAGAACAAUUUCAUACUAUAGAAAAUUCAUACCAAAAUUUGCUAACAUUUGUGCUCCUAUGAAUGAACUAUUGAAGAAGAAUUCAAGUAAUAAACUGAAUUGGAAGAGUGAACAAGUUUCUAGCUUUCUAGAGUUAAAAUCCAAGCUCUCGGAUAAACCAAUCCUGUGUCUUCCUGACUAUUCGAAGACCUUUUUCUUACGGUGUGAUGCUUCUGAGAAUGGUAUUGGGGCGGUCUUGCUUCAGGAACAGAACGGAACAAAGAUGCCUAUAGCUUAUGCUAGCCGAAAGCUACUCGAUAGGGAAAAGAAUUUUGCAACUAUUGAAAAGGAAUGUUUGUCAAUCGUUUGGGCUAUCAACAAAUUUAAAACUUACAUCUAUGGUAAGGAAUUUGUGCUAGAAACUGACCAACAACCCUUAAUAUAUCUCAAAAACAUGAGAAAUUCAAAUGGAAAAUUAAUGUGA